AUGACUGUUAGUAGUCAGCCAAUCAGUUUCAGUCCAAGUGAUAGUAAGUUUGCCACCUGCUCGGAUGACGGAACGAUUAUUUGGGACUUCCAACGCUGUCAAGAAGAAAGGACACUAAGAGGUCACGGAGCAGACGUUAAGUGUGUCCACUGGCACCCUCAGAAGGGCCUCGUCAUCUCCGGCAGUAAGGAUAACCAACAGCCCGUCAAACUGUGGGACCCCAAGACUGGACAGUCACUCGCUACUUUACAUGCGCACAAAUCAACGGUUAUGGACGUCAAGUGGAACAACAAUGGCAACUGGCUGGUAACGGCGUCCAGGGACCACUUACUCAAGCUGUUUGACGUGCGGAACUUGUCAUCCGAGGUGCAGACAUUCCGUGGCCACAAGAAGGAGAGCAGCUCCGUCGCCUGGCAUCCGUACCACGAGGGGUUGUUCUGCAGCGGGGGCUCGGACGGGGCCAUACUCUUCUGGCAUGUGGGAGCUGACAAGGAGGUGGGAGCGAUAGAGCAAGCGCAUGACAGCAUUGUGUGGACUCUGGCGUGGCACCCGCUCGGUCACAUCUUGUGUUCAGGAAGUAACGACCAUUCGAGCAAGUUCUGGACACGCAAUCGACCUGGCGACCUAAUGAGGGACAAGUACAACCUCAACACACUGCCCGCCAACAUGUCAGGCCUCGACGAGAACGAAAUCGAUGACCUGAGUGUGAUACCUGGCAUGGGUCCAGAGGACAAAGUUGAGACCAUCAACCCUGCCUCUGACAACUCUGGAGCCAUCCCCGGUCUGGACAUCGAUUCUACAGAUGAGAAAGUCAAAGUUGUUCUGAAGAAGGUGCCGUAUUCUAAACCAAUCCCGAAGAACUUUCAAGCCCAUUGGAACCACGCUGCUGUUGGUGAUGAUGAUAAGGAUGGAUUUGACCCCAUUGAACUCAUCAAUCAGUUGAUCGUAAAUCAACCUGGAGUUAUCCCGUUGGCAGAAAUUGAACCAGAAAGUUUGAUCAUUUACGGGAAACAAAUUGAUCUGAAACCAACGGACGACCUGACGUUAGCCAUCAAGAAGGGCUCAGAAGCGUUUGCUCGGUUCAUCAAUUCGGGUGCAGUGGAGGAGCUGAACGAUGUCAGGCCUUACAUGGACCUGAGUGACGACGAGUCCAAACCUGCGUCCUCUACCCCUGUCCCCGACAACGAGAACCAAGACUCCACUUCUGCGGACCAUGAAGAUUCUUGGCAGAACAGCAACAGAAGUGAAGACACUCAGCAGUCCCAGUCACAGCAGCCUCUGUUAGGUUCUCAGGAUCAAGACAUGAGGCAUCUGUUGAUGCAACCUCCCCCAUCGUUCCCGGGUCUUGAGGAGCAGAGGCUACGACCUCCACCUCCCCUACCUUCACCCCAACAAGGAGAAAUGUUCCGCUCCAUGGCGCCACCAGAACCAUUCCGUCCUCCAGACAACUUCCGGCAAGGCUUCCCACACGAUAUCCAGAAUCAGAAUAGAGACUUCCAACGUCCGAUGCCGAGCAGAGAGUUCAACAGGACGCCGGACUUCAGAGAGGACAUGUACAGAGGUCCUGGGGAGCCGUUUAGGCCUGACUUCGGAAUGAGAGGCAGACAAGAUCGAUCCCCACCGCCUUUCCGGGGGAGGAACCAAGGGUUCAUCAACGAUCAGGAGGACACCAGGUCGAGCUUUCCCGAGGAUCAGGAUAUGCGGGCGUCCUUUGGGAACGGCGAUUAUGACGACGAUGGUGAUGGAGACGGUGAUCAGUGGAACAAUGAGGAACGUUUCAGAGACAGUUACGACUGGAAUGACGAGGGCAUGGACGAAGAUGAACCGAUGGAUGAAGAUUAUCGUAAUGGAGACAGGAGGUACCAGCAACAGUCUUACCAGCAGAAGAAGUUCCCCAGAGGUCCGAGAAGUAGAGGUAGUCCUCGUGGCGGCAGAGGGAUGGAUAGGGGAAGGAGAAUGCGGGGGAGGGGAAGAGGGGGGUCAAGGGGUGGUGGGUUCAGACCGAGAGGGCGAAACCCUCGCAGAUAGAACAACUAAAAUUCAGUCGGUUCGAUUGAGAACUGAUUGAAUAAAACUGUGUACCACGUGUUUCCAUACAGUUCAUGAGUGUUUUUAAUUUACCUAGCAAGCCUUCUCAGUCUCCAUUUUGAUAUUGUGUAAGUAAUUAGCUCUGGAGAAAGUUACGAUUAUUCAAAUUACUUCUAUCAGUGUAAAUCUUUCUAAAUCAACGCGUUCCUAAAAAAUUACUUUUACGGUUUAAAUAAUAAGGCUAAAACAAUGUACUGUAUAACUAAAGCGUACAUUUCCUGUAGUUAAAUAUUUAUUAGUGUUACUCAGACUAUAUUAUUUUAACAAAGAUUUCUGAGAAUUUAAUUUUUUUUUAAUAUUUCAACGAUUUCCAAACAGAUCAAUUAGUUAUAUGUUUUGUGUUGUGAUAAAGGCAAUUAUUCAUAAUAGUCUUCACAUAAUCCGUAGUUAUACGUACAACAUUGUUAAAAACGAUGUUAUUCGUGUUGCUAUUACAAAUUCUUGAAGAAAUCAUUAAUAUUUUCCUUUGAGGAACCCUCAAGAAUGCUAUUAAGAUGAAAGUGUUAAAUCCAAAUCUGGGAUUGAGUACAUCAAAAUGUUAAAUCACUAUUAUGAAUCAAAUUUGUGCCCAUCUUUAGUUGAUAAUCAGAAUUGUUGUAUUGUUUAAAAUUUAUGGAAGAUUGGACAAUGUGAACAUUUGUAACAUUUCUAAUUUAUCUUUUUAAUUACCGUUCAAGCAGUUUAUCCAAAAUUACGUAUUUUCAAUCAUUAUUUUGAAACAAAGUGUUUUCAAGUAGUUUUAAAGAUCAGCUCAUUCUUUAAUAUGGUGAUCAAAAACACAUCAACUGAAAAACAUAAUAGGUGUAAUGAUUAAGAUGUUUCCAAAAAUUUGGUUGUAUAGGUUAAUGUUAUGGUAUGUUUUGUUUUUAUUGCCAACUGUUGUUUUAUAUUUUAUUCAAGAAUUGGUUUUGAUAGUAUUUUUAAUAAUUUUUGUUUAAGAAUGGUUAAAACUUUUAAUGCUUUUUACCAAUAUAAGUUAGUCUUAUAAUUUUAUUCCAUUUGCUUGGAUACAUGGUAUGUGGUUUGAGAGUGUUUCUAAUUUUUUUAAACUUUGAACAUUAUUAUCUCUUUUGAUCAACAUUUUUGCCUGAAAUGAGCCUUCACUUGUGUAUUAUGUAUAUUUUGAAGAAUAUCGUAUUCAUGUGAAUCUAUUUGAAGAAUAUCGUAUCUAUGUGAACCUUAAAAUCUAGCGUCAUAUUGUCGUUUCUAUCAUAUUACCUUUAAAUUGUCCUCCAGACACAAGUUUUUGGUAAUUGAAAAAUAUGAAUGUCCUAUUAGUAAAAUAACUUGAAUAUGAAAUCAAUUCUUUCAAAUCAAAUUUUCUUUCAAUUAUGAUUAUGUAAAAUGACUUUGACCACUCUAAAAUUAUAUCCUAGCUUUCUUUAAAAUGUAAACUUACAAGUGGUUAUUACUAUGAUGUUGGAUUUUUACUGUAUAGUGUUUUUUUUUAAGUAAAAAAUUUGUAUUCCCAUUAUAAUAUACUUUAUUAACAACAAUAAAACCUGUUCUCGAUUUUAAGUUAAUUACAUAAUUAAGUUGCAAUGAUUGAAAAAUGAAAUUGUUUUGUAAAGAUGGAUCUUUAUGUAUUUUGGAUUGAAUUUUCAAAGCAAUUACAGACAUUGUAUAAUCUUCACAGUUACAAUUUAAAGGAGAUUACAUUUUUCUUUGUAUUACAGUAGUUUCAUAAAUGUUCUUUUUCCCACUGUGUUUUACGAAAAGCUCAGUGAGAUACACACAUUUUUACCUUGUCUUGAAAUUAAUAGCACUUUUUCUAAGAAAUCAUUUUACUUUUUCUGGGCUGAUUACUUUGAGACUUACCGUCUUGGGAUUUCCCUAGAUCAGACUUUACAAGGUGGGAAGUGAUAUUAACCAUUAUUUUUAUUUAUUGCUAUUAAUCACAUAAAAUAUUUGCCCUACAAAGAGUACAGGAAUUUGUAGCAGGGUCAAAGUCAAUUGCGUUUUCACUAAUUAUCGUUUUCAGUCUCAUCUGUGUUUUUGUGAAAUAAUAUUAAUCGUGAUGUCUGGCUGAUUUUCAAUUGACAGAUCGCUUUUGUCUUUGAUUUUUAAUAGGAUUUUCUUAACUAUCUGUAUUAUUCGUGUGAUAAUUUUCAAGUUUUGGCAAUAACUAUGAUGAUGAAAAUUUCUCAUUUGUUCAUAAUCUUUCAAUCUUUGAAAUUUGUUUUAUAUAAUAAUUACAAUCUGAAUUAGUAAAUAAUGAAAUGGGUAUUUUUCAGGUAAUACCUUGUGGAAAGGUUGGGCCAAUCAACCAAAGUACAUUUUUGAACGUAAAGUAAAACAAUAUGGCCUAUUAAUUUUGUUUCAGGGGUAAAUAACAGUUUUAUCUUAAACUGAAAUCCCUGAAUAUUUAACAUACUGUCAAAUCAAUAUAUCGGUAAAAUUUAGGGUUUAAUGUUGGAAUUUUUACGUACGAAAAAACAAUUUCAAGCUAACCAUUAUCAUGUAAAGUGGAAUUUUAUCCUCCUUUGCAGAUAUAUCAACUUGUCACUUAUAUGCACCACAUACAUAAGUUACAACUAUCUUGUGUCAAAGACACAUCUUUUGCAACAUUAAAAUAAAAAUCGUGUUACAGAAAUCUCAUGUCAGUCAUAAUUAAUUGGUUUAUACAAUUUAUUUUGAAGCCGGUUUGACAUAAUGGUAAUACUAUACUUGUCAUAAUUGCAGUUCUAAAAGUACAAAUGUUAAAAUUGUUAUCUGCUUAGAUCAUUAUAAGCUAUUUUUAGAACAAUGUUAUGUGUACAAAUUAAAAAGUGUAAUUUAGUUUUUAAGUGGAUUAAAAUUUUUGUAGUUUGUUUUAUUAAAAAGCAUGCUAGGUUCUUUUUUAGUUCAUUGUUUGUAAACUACUGUAUCAUUGUACUGAUUGGCCAAGGAUAUGAAAAUCGAUUUUUAUUUGUAUAAAAAAACACAUUUUGAUUACUGUUGUUAUGAUGUUAGUGUACAUAAUUUUUCCUUGAAUCACGGUAAAAUAAAGAAGCAAGCCUU